AUGUCAUCUGAUGAAGAUGUAGCGAUUUGCAUGUGGUACACAUUACAAAAUUUAGAACAGAAUCAUAAAAAAAAAAAGUUAUGGAUUCAUCCGUUAAAUAAAAAACGUAUCACUCAUAAUGUAAUUUUAACUUUAUUAUGCGAACUACGUUCAGACGAAAGUAAAUUUAAAAAUUAUACACGUGUAAGUAGUGUUACAUUUGAUUUUAUACUGCAAGAAAUAGGAGAAGAAAUAAGGAAAGAAGAUACAAAUUUUAGAAAAAGUAUUUCUCCUGAGGAAAGGCUUUUGGUUACACUGAGUUUUUUGGCUUCUGGUGAACAUUUUCAACGCAUCCAUUAUAGUCUUAGAUUAGGAGCUACCACUGCAGGUAAAAUUGUCAAUGAUACGUGUUGUGCAUUAUGGAAAAUACUAUCGCCACAGUUUAUGCCUCUACCUUCGACUGAUGGUUGGUUGAACAUUGAAAAAGAAUUUGACAAAUUUUGGAAUUUUCCUAACUGCGUAGGUGCCAUAGAUGGCAAACAUAUAGCUAUUCAAUGUCCACCAAAUUCAGGAUCUAGUUAUUACAAUUAUAAAGGACACCACUCUAUUAUUCUUCAAGCAGUAGUUGACGCCAACGCAAAGUUUAUAUUCAUAGAUGUAGGUGAUUUCGGUCGUAACAGUGAUGGAGGAAUUUUAAAAGAAUCAAAUUUUGGAAAACUAUUGGACAAUAAUAAACUACUUUUACCUCCACCGAGAAAAAUUCAUGAAGAAGUCGAAGAUGAAUUCCCAUUUGUAUUUGUUGCGGAUGAAGCGUAUCCGUUAAAAAAAAAUUUGAUGAAGCCAUUUGCAAGAAAACAAUUGACAAAUCCGAAGCGAAUUUAUAACUAUCGUCAAUCACGAGCGAGAAGAAUAGUAGAGUGUGCUUUUGGUAUUCUAACAAAACGAUUUAACGUAUUUGAAAAUAAAAUGUUAGUUAAUCCGGAGAAAGCUACAAUCAUAACUCAAGCUGCUUGUGUACUUCACAAUUUAAUUAUGGAAAAAGAACAUAAUCUAACUGACAUUCAUAAUGAAAUGGAAACAACCUCAUCACGGGUAAACCAACAAGACAUCAUCAACAAACCUACAAAUCGCAGACCACCAAGAGAUGCUAUAGAUAUUCGUGAAAAGUUUAUGAAAUAUUUCAACUCUGAAAAAGGAUCAGUUCCAUGGCAAAAUGUAUACACUGUUUAA